AUGGCUGAGGAUAGAAAAAGAGAGCAGGAGAGAGCAAGCAAAGAAGGCCGCAACUUAGCGCGGCAGUUCGUGUCCUCGAGCACCCUGAACAAACAUAAAUAUCUCCUUGAUAGUUUCCUGUUCCUCCAAGGUGGACAGACGAUCCUGAAAUGGGAUUGGGUUGGGAGUAUCCUGAAGGAAGAGGCUCAGAAGUCGCACGCGCCAUCGGUCUUGGCCCAGGACGACCAAUUUACAGGAUGA